GGAAUUGCAAGCUGUAACGUAGUGGCUACAGGAAGUAGUGUAGUAGAAGAAGUUGGGUUCGUGGGGUCUGUUGUGCUGUAGGCAGCCUUUGUGCUGGUUUCUGUAGCGGCCUGGAAGGCUGUUAUAGUCGCUGCCCGGCAGUGAGCAUACUGGAGGCCGGGUGCACGGGCGCCUUACACAAUGGGCAGGAGGUAUUUUUGCGACUACUGUGACCGCUCCUUCCAGGACAACCUGCACAAUCGCAAGAAGCAUCUGAACGGCGUGCAGCACCAGAGGAGCAAGAAGGCCUGGUAUGACUUCUUCAGAGAUGCAUCAGAAGUCCUAGCAGAAGAGCAAACUAAAAAACCAUGCAGACGCUAUCUUCAGUCUGGUCAGUGUGACUUUGGUCCUGGCUGCCGCUUUUCACAUAUGACAGUGGAGGACCUUGAUGACCUUAAAGCUCAGGUGGAAGAACGGAGACGGAAAGUUGAUCGGAACAGUCAUGUUCCCCCGUGCAAUGUAGGACGCUGGCUUGAAGAAUUAGUCAAGAGAAAAGACAGUAGCAAUAAGAGUGCGGUUAUAUCUGAACCCCCCAGCUACAGCCUACCUCCUGGAUGGCCUCCACUUUCUGAACUUCCACCAUCGCUACAUCCACCUUCAGUCUCAAAACCGGACGACUCCCCAGACCUAGAAUGGGGCUGAUAUAGGAGGCACACGAGUCACUGAUGGCAGAAGAGGAGAAAUUGUGCACGGCUUAAACAUUUUUUAUAAUAAAAUUUUAUUUUUGUAUAUGUAA